UUAUUUCUAUGUGAAAUAGCGUCAUUCAUUCUCUUCAUUCCUGCUUUGUUUAAGGAAAAGAGCACAUUGAUGUUACCAUUCAUCAUUACACAGGUAAUACGAAUGGUUGCAUUGCUCGUAGUAAUUUUAUACUAUGUGGUGAAGUUGUUCGUGGUGGAAUCGAAUUCACGCCCUCAAUACAGCGUUCCUGCUCUUGAAUACGAUUCCACACAUAAAACUAUUUUUCUCUCUAAACUUAUUGGACAUGUGGUAUUUUUGUUUCUUGGCCACGUUUUUCUGCUAUACCUUUGUCGUCAGUCAUCGAAUCGAACUACCAACAAGGAUUAUCAUGUUGCAUGUCCUAUUCAUAACGUUAUCGUCUUGGAACAACCGAUCGAACAAGCCAUGUAUGGCAAAAAGAACUGA